AAAGUAAUAAAAUAAAUUAAAAAGUUUUGAUAUUCAUAUUUCAGAGUCACACCUUGCCUUGGGCUAAACCUCAACUGCAAAUGGUUCUGGUUCUGGUUCUAGCAAGCAAAUAAAGAGCUUCUAACAGACUUGGGGGGUUUUUGUUCCUGACUUUGAGGAUUGUAUCUUCUUUACCUGAGCCAGACACUGUAAAUUGUUACAUGGAGCAUUGGAUUGAGUUUGCUCAACUACGGUGCAAAGUAAACUGUGAACUCAAUAUUUAAUCGAAAAAGCAAAAUGACAACUGAGAGCCCUGUGAGAAUGGUGGAAAGCAGCGGAGAUAGAAAGUGGCACUCUUCUAAGGAUGCUGCGACUUUUGGAUCUCCAUCAAAAAACUUGGCGGCAGAGCAGUUGGGAUUACUCUCAAAGGUGCAAAGAGUUAAUGGAGGUCAAGCAGACAUAAUACCCAAUAGAAGUGGUAGUGCUCCACCAAGCAUGGAAGGUUCACUUGCAGCUAUUAAGAAUAUCUUAAUGCAACAGAACUCUAAUCCAAAUUCAAGCUUGGCUAAUUUAAGCAGUGCAAUUGAAAAUUGCAUGUCUGAGGAAGAACUGCUCUCUGAUCCAGCAUAUGUUGCAUACUACAGCUCUAACAUCAACUUAAACCCAAGACUUCCUCCACCUCUUAUCUCACAAGAGAAUCAACGCCUGAUGCGCCAUAUGGGUGUUUUUGGCAAUAAUUGGAGAUCAACUUCAGUAGAUGACAGUGGCAAUGGAUCCUUACAUUUGUCUCAGGUCACCCUUUCUACUCACACGGAGGAGUCUGAGAAUGAUACAUCACCAAGGCCAGCUUCCAACAAUUUGGCUGAAAGUAGUACUGCACAUAUACCUGGACAGAACACAGUUUCUUUGGCUAGUCGUCAUAAAAGUUUGGUUGAUCUGAUACAGGAAGACUUUCCCCGUACUCCUUCUCCAGUAUAUAAUCUGUCUCGUUCAGCAGGCCAUGCAACAGCAGAGGAACCAGUUGAUUCUGAUGUCCUUGCAAUUUCAUUGAAUGUUUCUUCUGUUAAUAUUUCAAAGCUACCAGAAACAAAUUCAGGCACUACUGAUGUUUGUUCAGAGUCUUGUGCUCUGGAUGCACAUGCUGUUGGAUUGAUAUCCGAUAAUAGUCCUUUAGUGACCUCUUUGAUGAGUCCUGACGGGAUAGGGAACUCACCAAUGCAAGAAAGCAAUGAAUCAAGCAGGAAAGAUGUUGUUUCAAAGGAUGAUGCGUCAAUUAGUGGAGCCCUUGGGCCAGAUGUUUCCAGAAAGGAAACUAGAGCAUCCAAUGCAGAGAGUAACAGGAUCAAACAGGAAGAGCCACAAUCUUAUGGGAGGAAUAUGCUGCACCACCAUCCUUCUUCACAACGCGGUACUCCAUAUCAAUUUCAGGGGGUCCAGGCUCAACUAAUUUCUCCAGGAAUGAAUCGUUCACAUGUUAUUAUGGAAAAAGUUCCAAAUGGUCAUCCCCAUUUCUCCUCUCUUGGGGUACAGCCUCCAUUGCAUUCUCCUGGACUCACACCUCCCUUAUAUGCAACAGCAGCAGCUUAUAUGACGUCAGGAAAUCCAUAUUACCCCAAUUUUUAUCCACCAGGGUUAUUUACUCCUCAAUACAGUGUGGGUGGAUAUGCUGUGAGUCCAGCACAUCUUCCCCCAUAUAUGGCUGGAUACACUUCUAAUGGUGCUAUUCCUCUACCAUUUGAUGCCACUUCUGGCCCAAGCUUUAGUCGUCGAACUGUUGGUGCUUCAACAGGGGAAGGUUUCCCACUUGUGGGUGAUGUGCAACAUCUGAAUAGGCCUUAUGGGCAGCAAGGGAUAAUGCUUCAACCUUCUUUUGUGGAUGCGCAUCAUAUGCAAUACUAUCCGCAACCUUUUGAUAAUGCAUAUAGCAUUGCAUUUCAUUCUCGGUUGGCAUCAACAGGUGUCACAGAGGGCCAGUUUGAUCCUUUUGCUUUACAAAAAGAGUCAAAUGUUGCUUCUUAUAUGAGUGACCAGAAACUUCAGCAUACAGCAAAUGGAAGUCUGAGCAUAAUGAGUCCAAGAAACAUGGGAGCAACUAAUAGUGGCUAUUUACGAAGUCCUAACUUGGGUAUCAUGACACAAUUUCCAGCAUCACCUCUUUCUAGUCCACUAUUGCCAUCAUCUCCAGUGGGAGGAAUGAAUCAUCCAGGUCAGCGAAAUGAAAUGAGGUUUCCACAAGGUUCAGUUAGAAAUGCAGGAGUAUAUUCUGGAUGGCAAGGGCAAAGAGGACUCUACAGCUUGGAGGAACCCAAAAGGCACUCUUUUCUUGAAGAGCUGAAGUCUAGCAAUGCACGGAAGUUUGAACUCUCUGAUAUUGCAGGGCGUAUUGUAGAAUUCAGUGUUGAUCAACAUGGGAGUCGAUUUAUUCAGCAGAAGCUGGAAUAUUGCAGUGGUGAAGACAAGGCAUCUGUUUUCAAAGAAGUUCUUCCACAUGCUUCAAAAUUAAUGACAGAUGUUUUUGGUAAUUACGUUAUCCAAAAGUUUUUUGAACAUGGAAGUCUUGAGCAGAGAAAGGAACUUGCAGAUCAACUUGCAGGAAUGAUGUUGUCUUUAAGUUUGCAGAUGUAUGGUUGUCGUGUAAUCCAGAAGGCCCUUGAAGUUAUUGAGCUUGAUCAGAAAAUACAACUUGUGCAUGAGCUUGAUGGACAUGUUAUGAAAUGUGUACUUGAUCAAAAUGGAAAUCAUGUUAUACAGAAAUGUAUAGAAUGUGUCCCUACAGAGAAAAUUGGAUUUAUUAUUUCUGCUUUUCGAGGUCAAGUCGCCACACUUUCUACCCAUCCUUAUGGUUGCCGUGUCAUUCAGAGAGUUUUGGAGCAUUGUUCAGAUGAGCUGCAUAUUCAAUCUAUUGUGGAUGAAAUCUUAGAGUCAGCAUAUGUCCUUGCUCAAGAUCAGUAUGGCAAUUAUGUCACACAGCAUGUUUUGGAGAUGGGAAAGCUGCAUGCAAGAAGUCAAAUUAUCAAGAAGUUGUCUGGGAAAAUUGUACAAAUGAGUCAGCAUAAGUAUGCUUCAAAUGUUGUUGAGAAAUGUUUGGAGCAUGGAGAUACUGCUGAACAAGAGUUCUUGAUUGAGGAGAUUAUUGGGCAAUCCGAGGAAAAUGAUACUUUAUUGGCAAUGAUGAAGGACCAAUUUGCAAAUUAUGUGGUCCAGAAGAUUCUUGAAAUGAGCAAUGAUAAACAGCGGGAAAUAUUGCUAAAUCGUGUAAGAGUUCAUCUACAAGCAUUGAAGAAAUACACUUACGGGAAACACAUAGUUGCUCGAUUUGAACAACUCAUUGGUGAAGAAAGUCAAGCCUCUGAAUCUGAAGGUACUCAGAAUGGGACAGCAUUGCUUCCAAGUUAAAUGCCGGUGGGAAGCAGAUAGUCGGUAGUAGAAAAACUUAAGAUGGGCAAAAACUGAUUUCAUUUUUUUUUCAAAUGUAAUCCCAUUAUUGCUGCUGCUUCUGCUGUUGUUGGCUGCCAAGUAUAUUUAUGUAAUUAAAUGUCAUCAAAGUGUGUCUAUGUAUAUAUAUCUGUAUAGAAAUUAUCAAUAAAUCAUUGAUCAAAGUAGUCUCACUGCCUGGAAAUUAUGUGGUUUCUUGUGCAA